AUGGCUUCAAUACAAUUUGUCCUACAACCCCUACCUGGAACCGAUGAACAAUUUAUUGACAGACUCCGCGAGGUUUCGGAUAAAGUCAAUAAAUUUGGCUUUGGAACGCAUCGCAUAUUUGAACAACUCAAGAUUCCUGUUAAAGAUGUGGUAAUUGGACCUAAUCAUAUCGGUGUUUUGUUGGAGGACGGUAAAGCCUUCCGUGUGGCAUUCUCAAUUAAUACGGAUCGUUUGGAUCUUAGCAAAAAUGAUUCGACGAAAAGCGGAAACAACUCUACUAACACUUCAUCCAAUUCUAAGACGUCUGCCCCAACAUCAUCCAGACAACUAGCCCGGUCUAGGGCCCGCUUAAUGCGGACUACUGGACGUUCUGGUUCUGGUGGCCAAAGCUCAGGAUCAAGAAGUACUGGAGUUAUUAUAGGUGGUACUUCAUCCAGUCGUUCACUUGUUACAGUUCCAGCAACAUAUGUUCCUGAGGAACUGAUCUCACAAGCGGAAGUCGUUCUCCAAGGCAAAAGCAGAAAUUUAAUUAUUAGAGAACUACAGCGCACUAAUCUUGAUGUCAACUUGGCUGUUAAUAACUUGCUUUCAAGAGACGAUGAGGAUGCAGAAGAUACAGAGGAAGGUGGUGAUAAUUACGUUCCUGAUGAUUUAAUUUCACUGCUUGACAACGGUUUUCAUGGAGAAAACAAUAGUGUAAUUAUAGAUCCAUCAGAUGGGUUGUUUACCGAGGAAAUAUUUAGUAAUUACUCAAGUAUUAGAAGUCUACUAUUUGAUCGCAUACGCAGUGAACGAAAUCAAUCUAACUCGAAUUCUGAAACUAAUCAGUCAAGAACUUCUGGUACGGGGAGCGGUGUUUUGUCCGGCACUGGAAGUUUAUCGGCACAGAUAUCUUCAGUUAGUGCAGAAAGGGAGGCCUUUAGUCGUUGGCGGGAUCGCCAAUGUUAUGUUCCAAGAAGAUGGUUGAAUAAAGAUGAUUAUGUGUGGGACAAAGAUGGAGAUGCCAAGAAGAAAGAUCCAACUUCAAUGAGCUCUCCCAUUUGGAUUUCUGAAGAACUUCAACCCUGGCCGGACAAGAACAAUACAAUAAAAUUUAAAAAAAUCGCUGCCCUAUAUUCAGAAUUCAUAGCUAUUUCUGAGUCAGGAGAACUUCAUUUAUGGAGAUGGGCUGAUGCGGAACCAUAUAAAUCUGAGGUUGAGAAUGUUUAUCACCCAAAAACAAUUGCGCUUAAUUUAACAGAAAAAAUUGAACAUAUUUCGGCUAACUUCAUACGUUGUUCUGUGGUCACUGAAAACAAUCGUGUUGCAACUUGGAUGGACGAGCAAUUAGGUUAUAUUGGAAAUAAAUUGGAACACGGAGCAAUAUUAUUCAGCGAAUUCAUGGUUGAUCCAAUAGUGUCUGUUAACGUAUGUUCUUUAUAUACUGCUGUUCGUACUGAAAAUAAUAACGUAUACUGGUGGGGUGUAUUGCCCUUUGACCAACGCCGAUAUUUGUGGGAUAAAAGCCGUACAAAGUUGAAAAAACCGUUUAAAAGCGUUUCUUCUGACAUUGCCGUGGGAACUCAAGUAAUUAUGAAGAAAUGUCCCAAGUACCAAACGGGCUCUAUUGGAUUUACAUGUGCGAAUGGGGUACCAAAAGUUGGACAACUAUUAAACUCUGUUUGGGAUUCAAACGACGUGUGUAGAUUCAAAAUACUUAACGUAACAAAUGCUGGUGGAACUGAAAAAUUACAACAAACUAGUUGUAGCAGCGCCGGCCCUUCUUUGGAGAAGGAAUCAACAAAAAGUGUUACAAUUCAAAAUGUGUCUUCGAACAAAAGCUCCUCCUCAAAUAAGGAGACUACUGAUAGAAUAGACAUGCCGCCUCCUCCGUCUCCUGCAUCGAGUACAUGUAGUGAUACCGGCAGUGUUACGUCUCAUAAACGCACGAAACGCAUGGCUGGAAAAGAUGAAAAUUCUGAUGGGAAAAAAGAUGAGGAAUUGUGGCAGUUGAAAGACGUUGUGUUUGUCGAAGAUAAGCUUGGUCCUAUCGGUAAAGUACUAAAAGUUGAUGGAGAUUUUGUAGCUGUACGAUUUCCAAUGUCGUCGCCCAUACCACCCUCUUCAUCGGCCUCGGCUAGUGCAGCAGCUAGCGAAGGCAAGGAAGACGACUGGCAGCAGUGUCGUUUGUUACGCCGAGAAGAUGUACAGGUCUACAAAACAGCAAUGGCUUCAAGGGGCCCGGAAUGGUUACAAAAGAUGCCCAAAAAAAUCAAUAUAAGUCAUGGUAGCGAUGCAUCUGCCUUUCAGCUACUUUCCUUAGCAGUAGAUUUGCGUGGAAUACAUGUAGUGAAAAAGGUUGGGAGCAAACUACAUUACAGUUUAUACAACUUGUAUAACAGUAAACAAGAACAAAAUUGUCAAUUUCCGACUGAUAGCGGCUCAUUUAUGGGUGCAUCUCCCAAUAAUAUUUCCAUGAUAUGUAAUAAUGAUAGCAGUGGUAAUACUAGCACAAUUGUCGUGCGUGACGGAAACCGGGCACUCUAUCCAAUGGCAAAGGAUUGUGUGGGUUCCAUAAAAGAUCCUCAGUGGUUCGAUUUAUCUCCAGUAAAAGCCGUAGCCAUGACCACUAUAUCGCUUACUUCGACAUUGAAUAACAGCAAUCAAAAAUCAAAGGUGUGCAUGACAGCCCUGUUAUUUGAGUCUCAAAAAUUAAUGCCACAUAUUCUGCGGUGUGAUGUAAAGAAUGUCUUUGCGGUUCUAAAUCAAUUGGAAAAAGAAGACCGCAAUGAUGCGCUAGCGAUAUUGGACGAGAGGUGCGAUGGAUCACGAAAUAUCUUUCAUGCCUGCACUGUAAUGUGUUCUCCGACUACGAAUAAGGAUUCGGACGAGAAAAAAGUCUCAACAUUUACGGGUAUAACAUCGCGAUCUUCUCCUGCGCCAACUUCCGUCUUCUCGACAAAUGCAUCUACGGCAAUUGACAACUCUUCAGUACCAUCUACAUCUAAUGCAGCUAAUUCCCAAUCGUCCCCAGCAUUUCCGAAUGUAUCGAAUGUAUCGGCCUCAAUGUCAUCUGUUAACUCUACGUCUCGAGAAGGUCGGACUGUAAGUUUGCGAGAAAUGAUGAAUCGUCUUAUCAACACGGAUAUGGAGCAAACGGCACCGAAUAAUGUGAGUAAUAUGGCCAGCAGUAACAGUGAUGAUAACAAUGUGUACAUUGCUCCGUGGACAAUAGAGUCAAACACAAGUUCGUCGGGAACCAGUGCUAACGAUGCAGUUAGUGGAAAUCCUGCCGAAGAAGAUAUUUCUAAAAUAAUUGCGGGAUGUAGCAGUAGCGCAGCAACGCAUAAGUUCACUUCACCGAACUACGUGUUCGAUCCAAUACAGAGACGAGAAAAUGCCACAGUUAUCCUUCAGCAAAUGUGCUCAAGCCCGGCUUUGCGUACCUACCUCUAUCAAUUUCUCAGCAGUAAAGAUGCUCAAGGCCAGACUCCAUUUAUGUUAGCAGUCUACAAUCGAGCAUACGAAGCUGGAAUAAUACUUUUGAACACAAUUCUAUCGGUCGCAGAUAAAGACGUGGCCAUGAAGAAUGCAAUGAUAUUUCCACCGGGAUCACCUCCGGAUCAGUCGCCCCUAUAUGUGAUUUGCUACAACGACACCUGUUCAUUUACGUGGACUGGAGCAGAUCAUAUUAAUCAAAAUAUAUACGAGUGCAAAACGUGUGGUUUGACAGACUCACUUUGUUGCUGCACUGAAUGCGCAAGAGUGUGCCACAAAGGACACGAUUGCAAACUGAAACGAACCUCUCCAACCGCUUACUGUGAUUGUUGGGAGAAAUGCAAGUGUAAAGCUUUGAUAGCGGGCAAUCAAAAUAAACGAUUUGCGCUUUUGUGCAAACUUGCAUCAUGCACAGAUUUGGUCACGAAAUUCAACGCUAAGGGUGAGUCCAUACUGUUGUUCCUAAUUCAAACGGUUGGAAGACAAACUGUAGAGCAACGCCAGUACAGAGCAAAUUCGCGUGUGCGCAAUGUCGGCGGUGGAGCAAGUGGAUCGGGUAGUGGUAGCAACUCAACACGAAAAUCGUCAACAUCGAAUGAUGUAGAUGCAAACAUGCCCGACCAUGACUUAGAGCCUCCAAAGUUUGCUAAGAGAGCAUUGGAGCGUUUACUGAUUGACUGGCAUGCUGUUAGGGCAAUGAUUAUGACCGGUGCUGAAAAAAGUGAAACCACUCCUCAGCAACCCCCAAAUUCCUCCGACGUUUCUAGCUCCGAGAAUUACAAUAUAUAUUUACAAAAUCAGAGUGGAUCAACUUUACUCGAUAAGUUUACGCACAACUUAUUUGUCAAAUGUUCUUCAGAUCACUUGGACACAUUACUAAUGACAUUGGUGCGGGAAAUGCAAAACGAUUCUAUUCCAGAUCGAAUCGAAGAUGCAGAAAUGGUUGCACGUCGGUUUGUUCGUUCAGUUGCCCGUGUAUUCGUAAUUUUUAAUCUUGAGAAAUUUCCGAAUCCUGAACGCCGUAAACCUCUUUCAGUGCCACUAAAACACAUACAGAGUUGUGUUAAGGUUUUCCAAACAUUACAUAGGCUAGCCAUCGAAGAACUAUGUGAAGUAUCAGAAGCGUUAAUAGCCCCAGUCAGAUUAGGUGUUGUGCGUCCAACAGCACCAUUUUUGUCUUCGUCUAACGUUGACAAUUCUGACGACCUCUUUAGUGUGGAUCCAUUGGCGCCAUCGUCAGUUGCAGAGUCAGUUAUUGACACAAAUACUGUUCACGAAAAUGCUAGCGAACAAGCUGGAAAUUUCAACUUUCAACAAAAUUAUGGAAUUGAUAGUAUAGCUUUAAGAGACACUUCUGAAAGCGAAGAAAACACUAACCGAGAUGGUGCAACAAAUAAUCAGGAUGAAGACAUUCUAGAGAGUGGUCGAAAUGAUGAUGCCAUCCAGGAUGACGAAAGUGAUAAUGAAUAUACAUUCAAUGAGCCCGAAACCGAAUCCGAUUCCGAUGACAACCAAAGCAAUCAAGAUGCUCAACGAAGUGUUCAAACAGGCGCAACAGUUGGAUCUGAAACAGAUAUUGGUGUUCUGUUUCUUGAAGAUGAGUCGGGUGAUUCCUCUCCUCAAGAAGAAGAAGGCUCAGAAGAUGGAGAAACAGAUGAUCAUGAUGAUGAUGAAUUCACCUAUGCCGAUCACCAGUUGGAACGCAGAAGUAAUAAUUCGAAUAAUCGCAAUGAUUUAGCACCACAAUCUAUGCAGUGGGCUAUACGCAGUCGAGACACAGCGCGGUCAUCUGUUCGAAUGCCUGCUGGAUCAAGCCUAGUCUUUAUAGAUCCCAUGGCAUUACGUCGUUCCACAGUUCCAGCUAGUACUGCAGUCGCUGCACCUCCACAGGAGCAACAUACAAUGGCAACUACGUCUAGCAACUUAGCACGUGCAUUUGGAAUAAUAGUUCGUCAAAUAUCAGAACUAAUGUGCGCUCUAACGUAUAAUAUACUAAAUGACAUCGAAACUUCAUUGAAAGUACUUCCUGAAGAGGUCACAAAGUUACAGGAAUUUGUUGAGAAAUGUUUAAAACCAACAUGGGAUUGGAUGUUUUCCGUAAUGGACAGUACCGAAGCCCAACUUAAAUUCGGAGCAUAUUUAACAAACUACACCGAUCCAGCUCAUCCACUUCAUCCAUUGAAUUUAAGCGCACAGAAUAAUACAAAUCAAAACAACGGGCAGGCGAACAAUGCGGGACCCGUUGGUAUUAAUAUAUUGGGUAUGUAA